UUCUGCAUUCUGUCCAGUUUAACAGCCCACCUCGCUGAAAGUGAAGCAAUCAUACCUAUACUCCUCUCUCAGCGGAAUCCUGUGACCUUUAGGUCCCGGCUUACCUACCCUGGAACCGAAGACCCUGACUACCGUGCCCCCAUCUCAGAAGUCUAGACUGAGCAAUCGGCUUGGGUAAAUCCAGUGCAAGAUGAAUGUCUUCGACAGAACCCUGAACUUGGACAGCCUUUUCAAGUUCUCCCAGAUAUCGUACUCCACACAGCAACACCUGAAGAAAGUCUACUGCUGCCUGGCCAUCUGCAUGUUCCUGGCAGCAGCUGGAGCCUAUGUCCAUGUGGUUACCAGGCUCUUCCAGGGUGGGAUGCUCUCUACGCUGAUCUCCCUGGGCCUCAUCAUCUGGCUGGCAUUCACCCCUCACAGCCCGGAGAACGAAAAGCGGCGGUUGUGCAUCCUGUCUGCCUUCGCCUUCUUCACAGGUACUGGUCUCGGCCCGCUGAUGGAUUUUGUCAUUUCGGUCAACCCAUCCAUCAUCCCAACUGCCUUCAUGGUAUCUGCGUUGGUCUUCUGCUGCUUCACACUCAGUGCCCUGUAUGCCCAGCGGCGCAGUUACCUCUUUCUGGGAGGUACCCUGAUGUCGCUCCUCACUGUCCUUUGCUUCAUGCCACUGGUUAACCUCUUCUUUGGAUCGGUCCUGUUGUUCCAGGCACAGCUGUACAUUGGCCUCCUGGUCUUCUGUGGCUUUAUCCUGUUUGACACCCAGCUCAUCAUUGAGAAAGCAGAACGUGGGGACAAGGACUACAUAUGGCACUGUGUGGACCUGUUCUUGGACUUCAUUGCAGUUUUCAGAAAGCUCAUGUUGAUACUUGGCAUGAAUGAGAAGGAGAAGAAGAAAAGGAAUGACUCCAAGUGAAGUGAAUAAAACAGCACCUUCCCUCUCCUCCCCCUCCCCUUUCCUGCAACAUUAAACAGAAUGAUUGAGAUGCUUAAGGUGGAUGUGCUGCCUGUUCCUUCCUCAGCCUUGCCCUAUCCUUGUUUCUCCCAUCUCUUCCAGCACCGUGUUACACCUCUGCACCUGCCGGAGUGGUGGGUCCAGCAGUCUUCACCCUCCCUCCUUGCUCCACAGGGGCCUGUUCAUGAGGGUCUGGGACCAGGUAUUGGGCAAUCCCAGCCCUGACAACCCUUCAACCAUUCACUAUCUGCCCUUUUAUCUGCUUCAGAACAUCCUGCUCUCUCCAGACAAACUGUGAUCUCAGUCUGACCAGGGAGCUGUGCAAGUUCAAGUUGCAUCAUUGCUGCUUACCCCCUUCCCUCCCUAUAACUGACCCCUCUAUUCAUCUGUCCAUCUCCAAUUCCCCCAUUUUAUUAUUCCACUUACCCUCAUUACUUUCCACCCCUCCCCCUCCUUGUGUGACUUCAACUGCUGUAGAGGUGCCAUUUCUCUACACCCCACCCUUUGCAUGUUUAGAUACACCCCCAUUAGACUUUUAACCACUCUAGAGGUGCCAUGAUGUACAACUUUCUCACCUGACCCUCCCAUGAGCCAUCAGUUGCUGUGACAUCUGCAGUUUGCUCUGAAGACUGGAUUUUAAAACUUAAUUACUACACUGGUUUCUAAUAAAUGGACGAUUUUGCCUUGUA